AUGAAACUAAAAGAAAUGCAGAUACUAAUUGUUUUGAUAUCUAUGCUAAUCUUCGUUACCAGAGCAAUAGAUUCACAGUUUUACACAGUCUUCAAGCCACAUGAUGGUAAAUAUCCAUGUUAUCGUCAACCAGCCAUUGUGACUACUAAUCAAGAGCGAACACAUUUGAUGGUAUUUGCCGAAGGUCGAUUUGUCACUAGUUGUGCACCACCUUUGGAAAAUAGAGUCGAGAGAGACAAUCUUCCCAAUGAAGAUGGUGGUUUAGAGAUGCGUCGUUCGGAAGAUAGCGGAUCUACUUGGCUUUCUGCACAAACAGUGUAUACAGGAAACAUCGAUUUCUACACUGUAGUUUGGGACAGUACAUCUAACACAGUUUACUUGAUGUUACAGGCAUCUUCAUCAGUUCUUCUGUUUAUUUCACACGAUGAAGGAAUAACAUGGUCAGAUCCAACGCCUUUAAAUGUGUUUCCUCCUCCACCUUUUAGUAAAUCAAUCAAAUCUGCUGUUGGUCACGGAAUUGAGGUGCCAUUUGUGUGUACUAAUGGAUCAAGCCAUACAGGUGAUAAUGGUUCAUGUCCUAGUUGUUAUGCAUGUGUUUUAAAAAGCGAAAUGCCUGAGAAAAAUCAGAAUCGACAAUGGAAUUUUACAGGAAUAGCACAGCAGUAUACGCGUGAAUCACAACUCGUACAAACGAUCAAUAUGGAUGCGGGCACUUCACAUAUUUAUUUGAAUGGUCGAAACUUUUCUCCUGUUCCAGGACAUCGUUACUUUGCACGUUCUACAAAUGGUGCUGACCAGUUUACUGAAUUUGGAAUUGACUCAUCGUUAAUAGAACCUGUUACCAAAGCAUGGACUGGAGUAGUUUGUUCGAUUGAACGAAUAUCCAUAAAUCCCAGUCGUAUUCUUUUCAGUGGUCCAGCCAAUGCGACAGUACGUUCUAAUUUAACUCUUCGACUUUCGUAUGAUGAAGCUCAUUCAUGGUCAAUUUCUCGCAUAUUAUACUCUGGACUUAGUGGCUACUCUGAUAUAGCAGUCGUCAGUGAUGGAAAGAAUGUUGCCUUAGUUUUUGAAAAUGGUGAAGAGACAUUUGCAGAUCGAAUUUCUGUUGCCAUUGUUCCUGUAUCAUGGAUUGAGAAUAAUAAAAAAAAUGACAACAAAAAACUUUAG